AUGUUAUGUUCUUCAAAAGCUUCAAGAUGUAAAAUUGAUUUGAGGGAAGCUGUGAGCUGCGAAUUUUGCAAAGGAUUUUUCCACAAAAGACAUGUGAGGAAAUCUGCUGGGGCUAUCACUGUGGGAUGUACAUAUACAUGCCACAAAUGUCAGGAUGGGAAGUGUAUCAAGAAUGACAUGAAGACGGGCAAAUCAGGACUGCAAAAGAGUAAGAAAGCCUCCAAAAUCAGCAAGAAGUCGGGCAAAGUGAAACAACCAGCUGCAAUGCAGAAUAGGAGAAAAGAGACUGUGGUUGUACCACUGCGACGUUCUGCUAGGAACCUUAAAUGCGUGUCACUGCCAACCAAAAAGAUUGGAAGACGCAAGAAAAGUAGAAAACCCAAAUCCAAAAAAGGGAUGUCAAGAAAACCAACGAAAGGUUUGUGGCAGAAGAAGAGAACAGAGGCCUAUCAUACGUACUGGUUGAAUGGUCUCUUAUUGUCUAGAAAGCCUUAUGAUGAGCGGGUGAUGCAUUUUAGGUUUAAAAAACUCAUCAUCCCUUCGGAACAAUUGGAUAGUAUUCAUGAUCAACCUAAAUGCAGUGUUUGUUGUGAACCAGAAUUCACAUCUACAUUGAAUUAUAUCAGUUGUGAUAUCUGUGGAGACUGGUUUCAUGGAGAUGCUUUCGGGCUUGGAGCUGAAAAUAUUAGUAACCUUAUUGGAUUUAAGUGCCACAAGUGCCGCAAUAGGAAUUCUCCUAUUUGUCCUCAUUUGCAUGUUAGGAGAAGUGAUGAGGUACCUCUGAAGUUAGCAGCAGUUCCUAAUUCAAAUGAGAAGGAUUGGAGACCACAUGACACAUUGAUGGAGUCCAAGGAGAAUACUUUGUUGGAUGAUAAUACAUCAAACUGGGUUGCAGAAACGUUGUAAAUGGGAUGACUAUCACAAAAACAAUAUCACCAUUGUCCAAGUCUAAUACAUACAGAAUAGGCAUCUUUAGGGGAUACCCAAGUGGAGAAUGGUUUGGUGAAAACAGCAGCCAUCCUGGGAUCAGCAGUGCAUAAAACUUGAGUUGACUCAUCAGAGUUGCCAUGACUAGCAAUUCUUGCUUCAGGUGAAUUACUGGAACGGAGAGGAAAGAGGUGGAUUAGAAUUGCAGCCUUUACUGACUGAUGUAAUGAGGGUGCCAAUAACAUAGUCUAGUGACAUUUGUGAAUUAUUUAUUGUCAUAGAGAUGCUCACUGAAUUUAAAGAGCUAUACUAGGACGAUUCACUUAAAUUGGAAAGAUAAAGGUUUGAUUUCAG